AUGGCUUCCUCAAGCAACAGCCUUUCGCUAGGCCCUCUGAGUCUCCUGGGGGGUGUCGGAGUACUCGCCGUUACUACUGUCGUGUUACUGGGUUCAUUCUAUUUCUUUUUUGGUAACUCGAACGAUAAACCGAUUUCUGGAAUACCCCUCAUCGGUAAGCAAGACGGCGAGAAGGACUACACUGAAGCGAAGAAACGAUGGAUGUCGUCCGCCAAAGAGAUCGUGAACAACGCUGUCCGAACGAGGAAGCACCCCUUCCAGGUGUUCGGGAUGAACGGACCCCUCAUCAUUAUUCCACCUCAUAUGACUUCGGAGGUUCGGACGGACGAGCGCAUGACUUUCAAAAGCUGGCUAAAAAGGGACUUCUUUACAAAUUAUCCUGGAUUUGAAGGUUUCAGGCCGGCUGUCGACAACAAUGUAUUCAUUGACUCCGUGAGAAUGGGCCUGACGCAGUCUCUUGCAACGGUAGUACACGUGCUAGCAGAGGAAGCUGAAAAAUGUUACGAAGAGUCUUUCCCUCCAGCAGACGACUGGACCCCUGUCAAGUUCAAUGCCAUAGCUCUUAGAUUUAUCGCAAGACUGUCCGCACGCACUUUCAUGCCACCAGAGCUUGCUAAGAAUGAAGAUUGGCUACGCAUUUCGGUCGAGUACACCCUGCAUUUCGGCAAAGGAGGAUACGUCAUGAGAGCGAUUCCCCCGAUCCUACGACCGAUUGUCCAUUGGUUCUUGCCACAGACUAAGCAGCUGCGCGAAGAUGUAGAAACUGCUCGUCGCAUUAUAGAGCCCACUAUUCUUGCGCGUAGAAAGGAGCGUGCUGCGGAUAUCAAAGCUGGCCGGAAGCCUAAGAAGUACUCAGAUGCAUUCGCAUGGAUGGAUGCUAUCACCGAGAAGACUGGAGACAUGUGUGAUGCCGUUCAUGGGCAAUUAAACUACUCCCUUGGAGCAGUCCACACUACUUCAAUCACAUUCACGAAUUGCAUGUACAACAUCGUCGGAAGCCCCGGUUCAGUGGAGCUUUUGAGACAGGAACUCAUCGAGGUGCUCGGCUCGGCGAAGUCAUGGGAUAAGACAACUCUCAAUCAACUUAAGAUGAUGGACAGCUAUAUGAAAGAGAGCAACCGCAUGCACCCCGCAUCAUUCAUGACGGUGAAUCGAAUCGCGAAUGAGACCAUCACUCUUUCCGACGGUACCGUGAUACCCAAAGGCUCAGCGUUGACCGUCCCCAACACCCGGCUCUACGACGAAGAAUACUACGAGAACCCGCAAGUAUUCAACGGUCGUCGGUUCUACGACAUGCGGCAACGCGCCGGAGAGGAGAGCAAGCACCAAUUCGUGACUACCGGAGACGAUUAUCUGCCAUUUGGACAUGGAAAGCAUGCGUGCCCUGGACGCUUCUUUGCAUCCAACGAGAUCAAGAUCCUUUUGGCCUACGCGUUGCUGCAAUACGACUUCAAAUUCCCAGAAGACCAGGGCCAACCCCUAAUCAGGGCCCAUGGCCUUGAGAAUGUGACGAAUCCGGAGGCGAUUAUGUUGUACAAGUCGAGAACUCCGGAGGUGUCUCUUGAUCUGGAUCACAUUCACAAGGGCCGAUGAAGCUUCACGGACUUGAAAAGAAUGCCCAAGGAACCAUGAAUCGAGUUGAUGGGGGUGAUUUAUUUGUUGCCUGUCAGUAGGGGAUGCUAUUUAUAGAAAGCUGGCCUCGAAAUUGUUUGAAAUCAAUUAGCUUAGAUACGGUUCACGCUAAAUGUCUUUCGCUUUCGAGUCAGUAGGUGUACCACAACAAAGAAUUCGAUUUGCUACCCAG